CUCGCGGGCCAGAGUUGUGCGGGACGCCUAGCAGUGAGGACGUUCCCUGACCCGCAGCCGUGACUUGACUCCCUUGCUGUCACCCUCCGCAGUCCCAUUGCUGCUUCUGGUGCUGUGUUGGAUUCUGCUGCUGACUGUGCCGGGCGUUGCUGUGUUAUAUUGCCCUGCAGUGUUGGAGAUCAAGAUACAGCAGUGUUUAUGAAGAUUAAGGAAAACUGUUGACGUUGUGGAAGACAGUAUUUUGGUGCUGUGCCGAGUGACUCCUGAACAGCGUUGUGUGGACGCAGGAUUUUACGCAAGAGUGAUGGGAGAGCUGUGUGUGGAGGGCAUCAGAAGAGAUCAGAUCAUGGCUUUACCGAGUGUCCUAAACUACAGAGUGUGGUCCUCCACGGGGCCACGAAGCCUGCCUGGCCUGGCGAGGCGAGGGCCCAGCACCAAGUUGCGGAAGAGCCUGUUCGGCCCCGUCGACCACGCCGAGAACCUGCGCUUCGUGCGGGAGGAGCUGGACAAGAUCUCGCGCGAGGACUCCGAGCGCUGGAACUUCGACUUCGCGGCGGAGCAGCCCCAGGAGGGACGCUACGAGUGGGCGGCCGUGGGCGAAGCUGCGACAGAGUCCAGUCAGUCCGCGCGACUCACCUGCCUCACCGCAGCCACAAGCAACAAAAAGCAAGUGAAACGUUUGCAGGCCAGCCCGCCGGGCAAGCUGAAGCAAACACUGUGCACCGACUUCUUCAGAAUAACCUCCUCGAAAACCCGAAGUGCGUUCAGUGCGGACACCAAGCUCUUCGACAGUGCGAAAUACGCUCGAUUAAGGUUGUCGGAAGCGUCGCUAUCCGAGAGCAAGGAAAACGCCACCUUAAGCCACAGAGAAAAUGCAAAUACCUGUGUGGAAAUGAGAUGAAUAGAAUAAUAGAAUGAUUGUGUGGACUGCAGGCAGGAGGUGUCAGUGCGUGCGGUGUGGCGACCAUGCUUUAAGCUCCCGGUGCAAAAGUCUACGGAAGAUAUCUCCAUAAGUCGCAUCACACCCUCGCCCGGCGCUCUCGAAGACUGCCAGUGAGACGGAACCAAAGAAAAACUGUAACGAGAUCUCAUUCUUUGAACUUUAUUAUUAUUACUAUUACUGUUACUGUUAUUAUUAUUGUCGCUGUUGUUAUUAUUAUUGCUAUUAUCAUCAUCAUUGCUAUUAUUACUAUUAUUAUUAUUAUUAUCAUUAUUAUUAUCAUCAUCAUUUUAAUUAUUAUCAUUAUUAUUAUCAUUAUUAUUAUUACCCUUAUUAUCAUUAUCAUUAUUACUUAUUAUUAUUACUAUUAUUAUUACUAUUACUAUCGAUAGUGACAUUAACACCGAUUGUUUUCGUGUGAAUGUUCUUGCUUAUCUAGACAUAUGUAAAUUGAUUUUUUUUUUUUUUUUUGGUUUGUUUGUUUAUGUCUUGUCUGGAUGUCUGUCCUGCUUCGUGACAUCAAACACGUGACGUCACUGCGCCUAAAUGAAGUACAAUUCGCAUCUGGAGAGGGUUUACGCGGACCCAGGUCAGUCAUGGACCCCCCGGAGGCAUUAUCUAUCUGCGGAGUAUCUAUCUAUCGGUGCUGCUACGGCUGGUCAUAGACUCGUCUCUGCCUCAUCUGUAGACGAAGAAGACGCCUGCAACAGAAUGCAACAACCGGUUACAUCGGGUCCAUCAUUACACCGCUCGAAACUUA